AUGACGGCAAAUAUCCAACAAGAUGCUAUCGAGCUAUCCCAAUCAGAGCCGUACGCCAAAAGUAUGGAGAAGAACGAGCCAGCUGCAAAAGACUUUUCUAAAUCAAUUGAGACUGAUGUGUCCCCCGAAACUCACUCAGUUGGAGAUGACGAAGAUUAUCCCACUGGAUUGAAGUUCUGGCUCAUCAUCCUAGAUCUGGGUGCCUUGCUUGUUCUCGGCGGACUAGACAACAACAUUGUUGCAACCACGGUGCCCAGCAUUACAGAUCAUUUUCACACUGUUGCAGACAUUGGCUGGUAUAAUUCAGCAUUCAGACUCUGCUCUUGUGCAUUUCAAUUUGUAUUCGGCAGGCUAUAUAAGGUCUUCUCAGUCAAACUCACAUUCAUGCUCGCCAAUACUAUCCUCUUGGUUGGAUCAAUACUUUGUUCUACGGCCGUAACGUCGACAAUGUUCAUUAUCGGGAGGGCCGUGUCUGGUAUAGGUUUUGCAGGCAUUAUCGGCGGAGUUUUGAACAUCAUCUCCCAUAUCAUGCCUCUGAGGAAGCGGCCUCUCUACUGUGGCAUGCUCAGCGGUGUUGAAAGCGCGGCUGUCAUCGCCGCGCCAAUUGUGGGGGGAGCUUUGACGCAAUCGCUUGGUUGGCGCUGGUGUUUCUGGAUCAAUUUACCGAUUGGAGGUGUCACGCUUCUGAUGACGAUAUUCUUAGUUUCGGACCCAAGACCCGGCGAUCCGAGUAUGACCACCAAACAAAGGCUUGCUCAGCUCGACCCAAUAAGCAAUUUGCUUCUUAUUCCAGCUCUGACUAGCCUUUUCAUUGCGCUGUCCUGGGCUGGCAUUGAGUAUUCCUGGACCGACGGCAAAGUUAUUGGGCCUAUUGUCACUUUUGUCGUUCUUAUGGCCCUUUUUGUUUACUAUCAACAUGUGCGAGGCGAAGCCGCCGCGUUACCGCCUCGAAUCAUAGGAAAACGCAGCAUUAUCGCCGGAGCUGUUUUUGCUAUAGGUACUAAUAGCUCUAUUAAUAUCCUCGAGUAUUACUUACCAACAUAUUACCAAACUGUACGCGAAUAUUCUCCUGGUUCGAGCGGUUAUAUGAUUAUUCCAAUAAUAGUUGGCAGCCCUAUUGGCAUGUUUCUUUGUGGAUUUGGAACCAGUACAAUCGGCUAUUAUACACCUUUUAUGCUUCUCGCUUCCAUAACGAUGCCCAUUUUCUCAGGUCUUGUCACAACAUUCGAUGCGACUACGAGCUUUGUACGACUUAUUUUAUAUUCGGGCGCUUUUGGGUUUGCUAGUGGGAUAGGCUUUAAUGCACCAAUCAGUGCUGUACAAGUAGUACUGCCCAUUGAGGAUGUCUCUCUAGGAAUAUCCAUCAUACUCUUCGCGCAGCAAAUCGGACCUGCUAUCACAAUGGCUGUAGCUCAAGUCAUUUUCAUCAACCGGCUCUCGACGAAUUUAAUUGGAACAAUUUCAACUCUUGACCCGGCUACUAUCCAAAACAGCGGGUUGACGGAAAUUAUCAAUGACGUCCCAGCAGCUCAGCACAUGGAGGUUCUGGAAGGCAUCAGCAGGAGUCUUGACGAGACUUGGUACCUGGUUGUUGGUCUAACCUGUGCAACGUUGAUAGGAAGCCUGUUAAUGGAGUGGAGAUCUGUGAAACACAAGAAAAGCUGA